GGGUUGAGCGGGAGUUACAAUCGUUUCGAAGAAGAAAACCACUUCCGGGUCGUCACAACUUCACUCAAAACUGUGUCUGCUAACUUGGUGCCGAAAUGUCUGGAGUAAAAGACAAGAAGCGAGAGAACGUCAGCGUCGCCACAGAGAUUGACCGGCUGGAGAAGAGACGGGAGCGAAUCCAGGACGACCUGGAGAAGGCAAAGUUCAAGAGCCGGAAGGAGAGGCUGACAGAGAAGGAGAGACAAAGAGCUGCAGUCGUUAAGAGGUGAGAACAGAAAGAACAUGCUGCUGUCGGUCGCACUGUUCGCCGUCAGCGCUCUGCUUUACUACACCUUUUUCUACAACGAGGUCGACACAUGACACCGCUCAGGGUCUCAGAGGGACCAUCGGGUCUGAACUGGUCCUGACAGCCUCAGUUCUGCCUCUAGAUGGCAGCGUUGCCAUAUUCGGACCUUAUGGUUCAAACCKGAGCCCACCACAGCUUCUGCCUUACUGGACUCUUGAUCAUGAUAAUAAAUCCUUAUUUUGCUUAUUGUUUGGGUUUUUUUGUUAAUUAGGAAUUUUUUUUAAAGCUGCUGGUAAGUUCUAUUCAGACUUUAAACUGACACCUAACUUAAUGCAAACUUUUUCUUUUUUUUUUACGUAAACGAGUUUCUAAUUACAACGUAGAACUGAGAUGCCUCAAAACGUCGCUGCAUGUCUGCUUUUUCAUCAGGUCUGAAAGUAAAAUGCUCGAUAUUUAAUGCAACAGUUUUCUUUUUAAAGUUGUUUUUCUUUUCUUUUUUUUCCUGAAACAAGAAAAUGUCAUUCCAAGAAAACUCACAGAUGUCUUCUGAUACAAGCAUGAAAAGAUGAGUUUGAUUAUUUUUGAUUUUAAUAAAUAAAUGAACUAUUUGUUGA